GGCCAAUCAGGGUGGUGUGGAGAUGGUGUCCAAUCAGCAGACGCCGCUGCCGGCUUUAUAAACUUCACAUAGGCAUUUGGAGGCUAUACUCCGACUGUGAAAGAAGGAAGCUAGCUAGCGCCAUGGCCAGAACCAAGCAAACCGCUCGCAAAUCCACCGGUGGCAAAGCACCCAGGAAGCAGCUCGCCACCAAGGCUGCGCGCAAGAGCGCCCCGGCCACCGGCGGCGUGAAGAAGCCUCACCGUUACAGGCCCGGCACCGUGGCUCUGAGAGAGAUCCGUCGUUACCAGAAGUCCACUGAGCUGCUGAUCCGCAAACUGCCCUUCCAGCGCCUGGUGAGAGAAAUUGCCCAGGACUUCAAGACCGACCUGCGCUUCCAGAGUUCCGCCGUGAUGGCCCUGCAGGAGGCUAGCGAGGCUUACCUGGUCGGCCUGUUCGAGGACACCAACCUCGAACACAUAUACACCAUGUCUGGAAGAGGCAAAGGCGGCAAGGGACUGGGAAAAGGAGGCGCCAAGCGUCACCGCAAGGUUCUCCGCGAUAACAUCCAGGGAAUCACCAAGCCCGCUAUCCGCCGUCUGGCUCGCCGUGGCGGCGUGAAGCGUAUCUCCGGGCUGAUCUACGAGGAGACCCGCGGUGUCCUGAAGGUGUUCCUGGAGAACGUGAUCCGUGACGCCGUCACCUACACCGAGCACGCCAAGAGGAAGACCGUUACCGCCAUGGACGUGGUGUACGCUCUGAAACGCCAGGGACGCACCCUGUACGGUUUCGGCGGUUAAACGCCCUCUUUUCGGAACGUCAACAUCCCGACUUGAACCCAAAGGCUCUUUUAAGAGCCACCCA